GAUGUAUAUUAGUCUGGAAGUUUUGCGCAGGUCGAACGCACUGAAGCUCUAUCUUUGUUUUACGGUUCUCACCUCUGAGCAUUACGACAACCUCAACAUGGCGACCCACACUGACUCCGAUAUUCCUGAGCCCGAUAACACUGCUUUGAUCCAGAUGUGCCAGCGUGCGCCAUUAAUAGCUGGUUCGUCCUUCGGUAAUCGAAUCGUUAGGCUUUCAGAUACUUUGGUCGCAAAGUAUGGCAUGGGUGUUUGGCGUGAAGAGGCAAGAAACCAAGAAUACGCCUACGCACACGUCGACAAAUCUAUCCUUUACGUGCCUAGGGUGUUCCGCUACUUUGACGAUAUUUCUCAGGGAUCAAGGGUUGGGUAUCUAGUCAUGGAAUAUGUUCCUGGCACGCCCCUCGAUUCAGUCGACGCGGACUCUGAUGCUAUGAUGGCCGUCACCCGUGCCGUGAAACAUCUCUCCAGAAUUCCAGCUCCAAAAUCACACGUUCCCGGUCCUGUUGGUCAAGGCGCAUCUCGUGGAUAUUUGUAG